AUGAAGUUGGCUAUCGCCAUCCACGUUGUGUUGUCCCUGUCUCUACACACAGAUGGGUCUAUUGCAUGUAAUGAUCGGUUGAGAAGCUACCAGUUUUGUAUUGAUGUAUGCCAUCCAUGUUCAGGGUCUUUGAUAGAAGGUUCUGGUUUUGCUCUAGUUCGACAAAACUUUCGGAAUACCCUAAACAAUCUCAGAAGUUCACUCUGGGAAAUAAUCGAGCAGCUUACCAAUUCCAAACGAGAAUACGAAAGAUCAAUUUUUAGAGAUGAUAUCUCCAUUAUUGAACAAUUUGAAACUGCCGAGGAUUUAACAAUAUCUACUGAUGUUACGGGAAACUGUGAAAUUAAUCGUUCUCAUUUACGAUUGGUGGAACUCCUUACAGAAAUCUCUUUACUGAUGAAACCUCUUCACACUGGAUAUGCCAUACAAAAAUCACUGACCAUCCCAUGGUCUGACAACGUCAUACGGAAUGUUUUGUGUUACCUCAAAUUUUUACCCACUGUAAAUUCUGAAGACAAAGUUAAUAUUCCUUGCUCAUAUGUUGUAAAAUUCAGACGUUUAGGAACUGGCAAAAGGAAACUGUUUGCAUUGUGGAUGCUGAGGAGAAUCCAGGCCGCAAUAGAUUUAACACCGGAAAUUGAUUCAGCGUUUACUAUGAUACGGAAUAAUGCUUCGAAUUAUGUUUAA